AAAUACGCUAGCCUUGCAAGUUCAUAAAACAGAGAAACGGAGAGGGGAAAGUGCGUUGCGUCUUAGCUGGGCUGAAUAUAUAAAAACACUAACCACGGUGUUCAAUAUAUUCAGCCGCCAUGGAAGACAUUGUCGAAAUCGUAUGUGGUUCGGUGUUCUGCCUUGUGGUCUUUUACUUGUUGUAUAUUAAGGCUGUUCCAUCCAAACAUGGCCUACCAAGAUCCUACCCAUUCACCGGUCAUAUCUUUGCCAUGCUCAAACACCGCGAGGCCGUCCUUGAGUGGACGGCCGACGUCCUCCGCAAGUCUCCGACGUCAACGUUCUUCCUCCGCUUCCCGUUCGGCCGCGCAAGAAUCCUCACCGCCAACCCGAAGAACAUUCAGCACUUCAUGAAGACCAGGUUCAAGGACUACCCCAAGUCCAGGAAUUUCGCGGACUCUUUUCGGGACUUGUUCGGUGCCAGCAUUUUUCUCGCCGAAGGGGAGACCUGGAAGAAGCAUAGGAUGCUUUACGGCGCCGAGCUUCACUCCAAGUCUUUCAUUAGUUUCAUCGACACCAUCACCCUCCACGAGCUCUCCGACCGGAUGUUUCCGAUUCUCUCCGACGCCUCCGCCGGCGACAAGAUCUUGAAAUUGCAAGAUAUACUCAGCCGGUUCACCUUCGACGUGGUCGGCAGGAUCGGCCUCGGCCACGACUUCGCCUACCUCUCCCCGUCGUACCCAGAGAUGGAAUUCGGCGACGCCUUCGAUGAAGCCAUGGACAUAAGUUGGAAGAGGAGCACCUCGCUGUUCGUGACGUCGUGGAAAGUUAUGAAGCUUCUUGACGUUGGGUCCGAGUGGCGGCUCCGUCGGGCGGUGGGUGUGCUCCGGAGACUCAUCGGCAAAGUAAUCAGGGAAAGAAAGGAGUUCGGAGACGACUUCUUGUCAAGGUUGAUGAGCAGGAACAUCUCAGACGAAACGUUCCUUAUCGACGCCGGCAUUGCCAUUAUUCUCGGCGGAGUCGACACGAUGGUGUCCGCUUUUACAUGGCUGUUUUGGUCCGUCGCUCGCCACCCAGCGGUGGAAGCAAAGAUUCUUCAAGAAAUAGAGGAUUUGGAUGCCGGGAGAACUAAAGAUCUGGCGUACACCCACGCCGUCGUCGCCGAGAGCUUGAGGCUCCACCCGCCGGUGCCGUUAGAGGGAAAGCAAGCGAGAGAAGACGACGUGUGGCCGGACGGGACGAGGGUGCAGAAAGGGAUGGGAAUCGUCUGCCACACCUACGCGGUCGGUCGGUCAGCUGAGGUGUGGGGAGCCGACUGGCCGGAGUUCAAACCGGAGAGGUGGUUGAAGAAAGAAGGCGGCGGCGGCGAGCCGGAGCGAUGGAGUUUCGUAGCAAGGGACGCUUUCACGUACCCGGUGUUUCAGGCGGGGCCGAGGAUAUGUAUGGGUAAGGACAUCGCGUUUAUGCAGCUCAAGAUGGUGGCAGUCGCCGUCUUGCGGCGUUUCCGGGUGGUGGACGUGGCCGCGGACGGCGUCGGCGCUCCACAUUGUGAGUCGUAUGUUAGUUUCAGGAUGGCAGACGGGUUUCCCGUACGCAUCGUGGAGCGUAGUAACUUCCAUAAAGCUGGGGAGGCUGCUGCAUGAAAUUUAAACCAUUAUAAUUAUUCCCAAAUAAAUUAUUAAAUUAUUAUUACGGAGUACUAUUUUUUUUUUGGAAAUAUUAUUAUUACUACAUAUUACUCCGUACUGUUAUUAUUUUUUUUAAACGUCUGGGUGUCGUUAAUUAAGUGCUUCAAUUCAAGCAAUUGUACGCCACUUCGUUUUUAUGUGAUGCAUGGGUAAUAGUUGAAAUAAAUGAUGUUGUGUGGCAGUGCUUAUAUUAAACCUCUAUCUUAUUUACC